AAUCAAAAUAACAAUGAAGAAGCAAUUAAUAUAGGGAGUAAAAAUUAAACAAAACCAACUAAAAUUGAGAUUUGGAAAAGGAAAAUUAGAAAAACAUCAAAACCAAACACAAGUGCCCUGGAACGAUUCUAAUGAUACAUAUGUAAAAACAAUGUUGUCAAACAAAACUUCACAAUGUCAUGUGUCUCAAAAAAGAUUAAUCAAAACAAACCAUGAAGAAAUUGAAAAAACGAUGAAGAAAUAGAAAAAUGACUCGCAUGGGAUAGAUAUUUAGAUAUUUCAGCCACAUCUUCUUCUUGAGUUCCUUCACCGUUUUCAUCUCUUACGAGGAUCACAGCGCGAUUUGACUGGUAGAAGAUGGAGAAUUGGACGCAGACUUGAAUCUCUUGCUGGGAGGAGGCUGCACAACCGCCGCAGGAAGUGUCUCGACUCGAGGAUAUGCCGCUCUACCCGGAAUUGCGGCUAGAUCUGCGAAAUCGAAAGGCGAGUCGUCGAAGAUCUGAGAUGAGCAACCAGGUUGGGAAGACCGUUGACAACGGUGGAGAAUUCGGAUUGGGCAUAGUGAACGGAGUGAGCUCAGAAAUCAUGGAAUCGGCCCACGACGGGUCCUGCUUAACACUACACAUCGCCUCUUCAAGCUGCUCGAACAAAUUUCAUCCCGACAUCCUUCACUUGCAGCGGCGAAAUCUAAUUCACCGGAGAAUUGAUAAUUCAAACAGAGGAGCGGUGCAAGAUAUAUCCGUCUUGGCCGUCAUCUUCAUUGGAGCAGCCCUGAAACCUGGUUGCCGUCCUGCCCCGUCCAUCAUCUGGUUCUCAUCAACUUGAGUUUCGCCUUUGUAGUUCGACUAAGGAAACAGAAGGCCUGAGACUUGAAUAGGGGCAAUUUGGGAAAGAAUGGAAAAUUAACUCCUAUUUAGGAGUAAAAAAAGUGUCGGUCCUAUUUAAUUACAUAGGGAAAGUUAUGCUCCUAUUUAGCACCAUUUCCCCUUGUCGUACGAGAAACUGCUCGGGCGGGGGAGUGUAUCUCUUCCACGGUGAAAAUUUGAAUUUUCAAUUUUAAUAGAUUUGGGAUUGGUCCGUUCA